AGCUGGGACGGAUGGGAACAGAGGUGCUCCGGGUGAGACCGGUGGGAAGGGUGACAGGGGUUUUGACGGCUUGCCAGGUCUUCCAGGACACAAGGGACACAGGGGGGAGAUAGGAAAACCAGGCCCCCACGGUACUCUUGGGCUGUCAGGAGAGAGGGGUUCCGAAGGACAACCAGGACCAAGAGGACAGCCAGGUGAUGCUGGUUCCAGAGGGUUGAACGGACCCAGAGGUCACACUGGCCCUACAGGUCAGCCUGGAAUCCGAGGAGUGGAUGGAAUCCAAGGUUCCAAGGGAAACUUGGGACCUCCGGGGGAGAUGGGAGCAUCCGGGCAGCAAGGAAACCCUGGGUUGCAGGGGUUUCCUGGUCCUCAGGGCCUGGUGGGCUUGCCAGGACUUAAGGGGCCCCAAGGGAAGAAAGGGUUGCAGGGACUACCUGGGAAUGAUGGACCUACCGGUCACCCAGGGAGAGAGGGGACUCCAGGAGAGAAGGGACUACCAGGCCCACCAGGAGUCCAGGGGCCUAUAGGAUAUCCAGGAUCAAGAGGAGUGAAGGGAGCGGACGGAAUUAGAGGAAUGAAGGGAAGCAAAGGGGAGAAGGGUGAGGAUGGGUUCCCCGGCUCUAAGGGAGAGAUGGGGCUGAAAGGUGACGGGGGUGACAACGGGGUCCCAGGGUCCAGGGGAGAGGAUGGUCCUGAAGGACCUAAAGGACAGGCUGGACCCCUGGGGGAGGCUGGAGCCGUGGGCAUCGCUGGAGAAAAGGGUAAACUGGGAGUUCCAGGGUUACCGGGGUAUCCUGGACAAAAAGGACCGAAGGGUUCGGAUGGUUUUCCUGGAUCUAUUGGAGUUUUGGGAGAGAAGGGGAAGAGGGGUCCCGGGGGGGAAGCAGGAAGUGCAGGACAGAGGGGUCCUAACGGGGUGCGUGGGGGCCGGGGUGCCAAGGGACCAACAGGGAAGACAGGGGAAAGGUCAGAGUUCAAUCCAUUCUAA